UCAAGUAUUUCUGUGAUGCUGUCUCUCCCCCGCUCUCCUCUCCUCUCUCAUUCUCUUCUCUCGUACUCUUGAUACAAGUCACAACAUGGCUGCAGCUUUUGUUGGCACAUGGAACCUUAAGGAAAGCAAGAAUUUUGAUGAUUACAUGAAAGCACUUGGGGUGGGCUUUGCCACACGGCAGGUUGGUGGUAUGACCAAGCCUACCACCAUCAUCUCCAUGGAGGGUGAUGUCAUCACAUUGAAGACUGAAAGCACCUUUAAGAGCACAGAGGUCAACUUUAAACUGGGAGAAGAGUUUGAUGAAACCACUGCAGAUGACCGUAAAGUUAAGUCCCUGUUGACACUAGAUGGUGGCAAGCUGGUCCAUGUUCAGAAAUGGGAUGGCAAGGAGACGACUUUAGUGAGGGAGGUCAGCGGAAACUCGCUCACACUGGUAUUGACACUGGGCGAUGUUGUGUGCACGCGGUCUUAUGUGAAAGCAGAGUAGAUGAAGACCUUCGUCCCUCCCGACGCUACUGAACAGGCUCGACUGUUCAGCUUGUUCAAAAUACAUUUAAUGCUUGUCCUAUACACCUGUCCAUUUAUUUCUAAUAAAUAAAUUACGACGAUUUUUACAUAAAA